CGGAAGAAGAAACUCAGAUCGGAAGGCAAAAACAGAGUGAAGUUACUCUUUUUCGCCUUCUUCUGAUCUUGGUUUCUUCUUCUUCUUUUGUUGAGAGAUCAGAGCUUUUGGUGGAAGCAACAAUGGCGACAUUCCAAGCGACUCAACAAAAAUGCAGUGCCUGCGACAAGACAGUGUAUUUGGUUGAUAAGUUGACGGCUGAUAAUAGGGUUUUCCAUAAGGCUUGCUUCCGAUGCUACCAUUGCAGGAGUACUCUCAAGCUUAGCAACUACAACUCUUUUGAAGGGGUGUUAUACUGCAGGCCUCAUUUUGAUCAACUCUUCAAGAGAACUGGCAGUCUGGACAAGAGUUUUGAAGGAAUUCCAAAGAUUGUCAAGCCCGAAAGACAAAAAGAAAAUGAGAAUGCAUUGAAAGUGUUGAACUUGUUUGAGGGCACCAGAGAAAAAUGCAAGGGCUGUAGCAAGACUGCUUAUCCAAUUGAGAGGGUUACUGUGAAUGGGACAAUAUACCACAAGAGCUGCUUCAAAUGUACACAUGGAGGUUGCACCAUUAGCCCAUCAAACUACGUAGCACAUGAAGGUAAACUCUACUGCAAACAUCACCAUAUCCAACUCUUCAAGGUCAAAGGAAACUACAGCCAGCUCGAGACGACCGAUUGCGAGAAACAACAGAAUGCCAUGGCCGAUAAGGUUGCUUCCAUGGAAGUUGCUACUGAGUCAUGAUGAA